AUUAGCAAUAGAAAACAUAUGAAAUUUUCAUAAAUCAUAUGUGGAUUUCAAGAACCAGAGUAUUCACUCACGAAUUCAAGCACUCACACAAAAAGACACAAUACACUGUGGCCAAUUUUACAUAAGAUCCUUUACACCUCCGGCAGCCAUGCUCGGUCUGAUAAGUAGCAAUUUGAAAGCCCUGAAAAAUGUGGUCAGCCCCAAUAAACUUUCAGGGGUUCGGUAUUAUUCCUCAUGUGUCGAAGAUGAAAGCCCCUUUACGGAACAAGAGCUUACUCGUUUUAGGGAUAUUUUUGUAAGGCAUGACUUGGACCAAAAUUGCAAGCUUGAUCGGUGGGAAUUUAACAACGUUUGCAGACAUUUUAUUGGGAGAAGUUACUACAGCACUGAUUUAAAUAAAAUUUUCUGCAAAGUGGACAAAAAUAAAGACGAGUACGUCGACUGGGACGAACUGCUGGUCCAUUUAGGCUUGCGCUUCACAGAACAGAGCAAACAGUCGAUGGUUAUCGCGUUCAAUAUAUUCGACAAAAAUGCAGACGGCCUGAUCCACUGGUGGGAGACGAAACAGGCACUCUUCUAUCUCGGCGAAAACACCAUGGCCGAUAGUAUUCGGUACAAAUAUGAUCUUGUCGACACGGAUCAGGAUGAACAACUGACAUUCCCCGAGUUCCUCAAAUUUGUCUGUCAACAUGUGAAGAAGUCAAACUGAAAAUUGGAUAUAACUACCAUGCUUCAGUACUAUUUCAACAGGGAAGAUUUAAUUAAGUACAAUGUUUCAUGGCUGAAGAGUACAAUCAGAUUUUAUAUCAUCAAAGCCUCCAGUUGUACAUUUUAAAAAUAUACAAUAAAAGUGAUUCAAUAUU